AUGGCUGACAACUCCAAAGUGGGUCUGGUCUUCGGGAUCUACGCCAACACGCAGGUGGGGGAGAGCAUUCGCAUCAUUGGGGAGGCUGAGGAGCUGGGGAAGUGGAAUUUGGACAACUCAGUGCAGCUCUGCACUGAUGCCAAGAGCUAUCCCAUGUGGACCACGGCGAACCCGGUGUGGAUCCAACCGAAAGCGGGGAAGAAGCGAUUGGAAUACAAAUACGUCAGGGACAGGCAGGAGUUGGGUGGCGGCUUUGUGUGGGAAGAUGACAUCCCCAACCGCUGCCUCAGCAUUCCAGCGGGCGGUUUGUGGGUGGUGACCGAUCGACUAUGGAACUGCCCAGGUGAGCUGAAGAUGAGGCCAGGUUCACGUCAUGGCAGCUUCGAUAGUCGUCGCAACCUGGUCCAGCCCUUGGACAUUGAUGUGGGUAGCUUGACAGCGCCGGAGCAUUUGUUCACUCCGACGCGGAAGGAAACGUCCCAGAUCUCAGGGGGCACCCCGACGCCGCCGGGGGGAUACUACACGCCACAGCAGCUGACCCCACAACAGCUGACCCCCCAGCCGCCGACGCCACAGCAACACACCCCUGAAGCUGUUCGAAGGGCUUCCUCCUCGUUGCUGGAUGAAGUUGACGACGACACCCCGGUGAUGGAUGAGGCGUCGCCAUCGCCCAGUUCGCCGCUGGCUGGGAAGCAGCUGCAGCGUGAGGCCUCGGCCUCGAUUUUGUGUCGUCAAGCCUCGGAGUUGCGUCGGGACUCCAGUCAGGCGCAGCUCACGAACUUGAGUCAGUUGGGAGCAGAAGAAGAGGAUGAAAAACAUCAGUCACUUCGUUGCUGGGAGAUCAACCACUAG